AUGAAGCUGUACCAAGUGCUUGUUCCUGUGCUGCUGUCCAUCAUUGCCAAUGUUAAUGGUCAGGUAAGAUAAGCAACAACUCCAGGACCUAAUUUAACAAUUCAAAUAAUUAUGAAUCUGAAGAAGUUAGGAUUGGGAACUUCUAAAAGAGAUAUGAUUUUUUAAUUAAUGAAUAUACACAAAACUAGCCUUUAGGCCACAGGAUUUGUAAAUGUGUGAUAUUUAGAUUGAAAUGGUCACACAAUUUAUUUCAAUGUUGAUUAGUUAUUUAAAUAUAUACUUUACCUUUCCCCUUUUCCUUGCUUAGUUUGUUAUGGUCAUUCCAAAGCAAUGGGGUACCAUUUGCUCAACAGGGUUUUAUAAACAAAUACAAAUUAUAAUAAUGCUUGUUUUUUUAAUUAUAUUUCAAUUAUUGGAAAAAUGCUAAAUCAUUUUUUUACUACAGCUCCAAAGUCUGGGGAUAUGUAGGAAAUAUAGUCUUAUGAUAGCAAUGACGGUGUCCACUCAGUUUGUGCCCCAAAGUAAUCUGCUUCCUAAAACUAUAGAAUGUGCCGUUUCUAUCUUCCUUACUUAGUUUGUUAUAGUUAGUUGAAUGCAAAUAUUUAACCAAUGAUAAAAAAAAAAAAAAAAAUUACAUCUGAAAUUGUGUUUUUUUUUAAGGAAAAACCUAAAACUAAAUUUUCUAAGUAAUUAUUUUAAUCAUUUGAGGAAAUACUCUACAAGAGUAUUUUAUCAAUCAAAAAGGAUUGAUGCAUUUACAAUGGCUUAUGUUCUAUGGUGAUAAACAUUUUUUUCUAGGUCUUAAAUAUUUAUGGGAUUUUUUUGUUCUUGGUCUUUAAUCACUUUCUGCAAAACAUUUUAAGUAUAUCAUAUUUUUGAGUAGUGCACACAAGGGGUCAGCUAAAAACAUAGUUAUUUAUUAUGAACAAAAAAAAUGGGUUGCAAGAGUAUACUGAGAACGGGCAGCAGCUGAAAUAGCCUGCCCUUCGGUGGGUACCCGCUCAUAUCUCAAGCUGGUUUUUGCUCAUCUUGUGCCAUUACAGAGAGAACAUAUCUGAAGCAUAUCAGACUGGUCCCACCCAUACGGGCAGUCCAGAUCCGAAAUGCCAGCAAGUUCUCUCUGCACGAGAGAUACAGCAACCCCAGACGAUCGUUUCAGCCUUGUUAGGCAUCAUCAGUGAGGCAUAGCUGAUAUCUCCCUAGGCACCGUGAGCAAGGGGUCCACGUCUGGAUUAUCCCUUUAAACUUGUGGUUGCUGUAUCUCUCUGGCUUUUUUUGCGACCCGUUUUUUGCUCUCCAAUAGUUAUUUAUUAGUACCUGAUGGUGUUUUUAUUGGCGUUGCUGCAAAGUUACCCUAAAACUGCUAGUUACUAGCUGGCAUAGCUAUUAGUAAAGGUUUCUGACCAGUUUGUGUAUCUGUAGGAAACCACAAAAAUGGUUUGGUUCCAAGGGAUCAAAAAAGCCAUUUCUCUUGUGUAACUGUUAUGUCUAGUGAGACCAUGUGUGAGGUCUCACUAGGAAAGCUAAAAUAUUAAAUUUAACCCUUAAUGUGUUGAUGUCUUCUUUGGCACUGAUAGAGUAAAUGUACAUGCCCAGCAUUAGAUAAGAGAGUGCAAAUCAACUGCUCAGCACCCUAUAGUCAAGUUUAAAAAAAAUAUACAUUUAUAUUAUUAAAAAAAUGUGGGCAGAUUAAAGGCCCCUACUUCAUCUUUCAACCUAUUAGGAUGAAGGGUACUUUUUUUAGGCCCAUGCGAUGCUCUGUCUCCUGGGCACUUUCUGAUAAUUAUGGGCUUUUUUUGAUGCGUAAGAAAAUAGGAAUUAAAAGUAAGAAAACUUCUAACAAUGGGCGGUGGGUGGGGGCCUUGAUAUUAAAGGGGAGGAUGUAAUGUCCCCCUGAUCCCUAACCAUGAACGGUGGUGGGUGGGAGCCCUCAUAUUAAUAUUUAAAGGUGAGUACCACAUGCCCCCCCAACCCCCCCUGGCUCACGGGGCAAUGCCUCUACUUAAUUUAAUAGCAUUGGGUGUGCAUGAUAAUUAAAAGAAAGAUGGUAAGUAUAAUUAUUUUUAACAGGUAUUAGAUUUAUAACACAAAUAACAACUCUUUGCAGAGAUAGUGAGUGAUACUCUAAAGUGCCUAAACAGAAGAAGCAGCUCAACACAGAAAGUGGAAUACCCUCAUCCACAGUAAAGUACAAAUAUCAUAGGUAUUAGAUUUAACCCACUGUUAUUAAGGUGAGGGAGUCAGUAGGUUUCUUCAUUUUUACUGGGUGGUGGCUAGGGUAUUAGGGACCCCUAGCCAGCAGGGGAGAGCAAGGAUGGAACAUGCCACUAUUUGGGGUGAUUACAAUGCCAUAUUCACCCCCAAUUUUUUAUUUUUUUUUAUUAAACACUGGGUUUUCUUUCUUGAAUAUUAUAAAUGGGGUCCCAAUGCAUGUGCAAUGGGUAGGGCCAUAUGGGACACUAGGUUUCCCCCUUAUAUUAUAAUAGUCCCCACCCACUGACCACAUGCAAGGACAUAAGUAUGUUCCCCCUUGUAUUUUAAUAAAUACACCCUGACUGAUGUACACGGUUGGGGUGCAGGGGGAUUAUAUAAAAACCCCUUACUUUAAUAGUAAACGCAUUAGCUCUUUUGGCUUCUGUAACGGAACUUCCCGUACACCGAACGAGUACCUUUCCGUUGAUGGAUGCUUCCUAGCUUGCCCCGAGGACCACCAGCACCGCGCCGGACACCACAGACUCCGCAACCGCUGUAACUUAAAUGGAGUCUCGCCGUCUUCUGUCCACCCUGGAUCAGCUUCUGUCCUCCAGGACCAUGUGGAGAAAACCUCUCCUCCAGGAGAGCGUAUGAGGAACAGGCUCUUAAAAGAGCUAAGUGAUUAAAGUAUCCCCAGUAUGAGUAUUGCUGUCCCCUCCAAUCACGAGACAAGACUACGUUCUUCCAAGAACACGUGGCGAGGUCUGUUACGCCACAGCUUCCAGUAUAAUUUCUAUGCAGAUGACACGCAAAUCUACCUGUCCUCUCCUGAUCUCUCCCUGUCCCACUUGACUAGUGUCUGACUGCCUCUCUGCUAUUUCUAACUGGAUGGCUGCCCACUUCCUUAAACUAAACUUGACCAAAACUGAAAUUCUGGUCUUUCCUCCCUCAAGUGUUGUUACUCCUGUGUCGGUCUCCCUCAAAGUCAAUAGUGCUACCAUCAGCUCCACUACGCAGGCUUGCUGCCUAGGUGUUCUCUUUGACUCCGACCUCUCCUUCAAGCCUCAUGUUCAAUUUAUCGCCAAAUCCUGUCAUUUCCAUCUCAAAAACUUUGCACGCAUCUGCCCCUACUUAACAACAGAUGCGACUAAGGUGUUGGUCCAUUCCACUGUCCUUUCUCGCCUUGACUACUGUAAUCCGCUUCUCAGUGGUCUUACAUGCUCCCAACUUGCGCCGUUACAGUCCAUAAUGAAUGCGGCAGGGAGGCUCAUCUUCCUGUCCGCCCGCACCUCCCAUGCCUAACCCUUCUGUCAGCCCCUAUAUUGGCUUCCUAUAAAAUAUAGAGCUCAAUUUAAAAUUCUGGUUCUUGCUUUCAAAUCGCUACAUAAUGCUGCUCCCACCUAUUUAUCCUCCCUUAUACACAAGUACGAUCUGCUGAAGACUUACGUCUAUCUUCUGUCGGUACUCCCACCUCUGAUGCUCGCCUUCAAGAUUUCUCCAGGGUUGCACCAUUCCUGUGGAACUCGCUUCCCUCCUCCGUUAGAUGCUCACCCAGUCGCCACUCCUUCAAAAUCGUUAAAAACCCACUUCUUCAUAAAAGCGUAUCAAUUAAACUGUUAAUAGCUCCUGACUGAUUCCUCUUCUGCAACUAUCACUAGUCUAAUACUAUCCUUACCUUUUUGUGUCAUUUUACCCCACUCCCUCUAGCAUGUAAGCUCAUUGAGCAGGGCCCUCAACCCCUCUGUCCCCGUGUGUCCAACUUAUCUGGUUACAAUUACAUGUCUGUUCGUCCACCCAUUUGUAAAGUGCUGCGGAAUUUGAUGGCGCUAUAUAAAUAAUAACAUUAUAAUAAUAAGUCCCACAGGAUGUAGCCAUCUUUUAGUGUCUGGGCAGUAUUGGCUACCAAGGUCCUAUGUUACUCAUGGCAGUUCGGCACAUAGGGAGGGAUUAAACCUUACUUAUUGUGAUGUAAUUAUCCCUCUCGCCACUGAAUUUUUUUAAAACUGUUUCCAGUAGCACUAGCACAGUGGGCAAAUAGUUCAGAUGUUUUUUAAAAUCUGAGCCAAGAUUUGAAUCCUUUUGGCCUGUAUCUGACGCAUUAGGUUUAGAUUUGAAUCCUCCGGUGGCAUUUGGCCCGAAUGAAAUCCAGACCAAAUUCAGGUCUGUCUGUAUUACAAAAUCUUGAUAUUAUUUAAUACUGUGAGCAAUGACUGGAUUUGGACUUUAGUGAAUAGCCAUAAUAGGGUACAUUUUACCUCCCAUUAGGAAAUGGCCUGUACACUCAAUAAUAUCUAUUUGUUUUACUCCCUUUGCAGUGUGAACUCCCUGGAACCUGGAAGGAUGACAAAGGCUCUACCAUGAAUAUCCAUACUGUAAGCCAUUAUCGAGUGAUAACGGGGGAUUAUCAAGCAGCUGCUUCUUUACUAAAUCCAAACCCUCCUAAAUUACCUUUCACAGGAUACAGCAGUGGUAACACUUUUAUGGGUGUCAUGGACCUUGGAAAAGAUGGUAAUUAAACGAUUAUUUUUGAGAAUAAAAGCCAAUGUUGGUUGGGGCUUCAUGGACUUCCAGUUGAAACUUAGACUUAGACUGUGUAAAAAAUUUAAAUUUGUGUUUCUGUUCUCAUGCUCCUGACCUUCAUCUGCAAAUAUACUUUGCAGCUAAAAGUGUUUUUUUUUACUGCUUGUGAAAAAUACAAAGCCGUCUAGUAACUAGGUAAUGCCAUGCAGUUUCUAUGCUAUACAACAGAAGCCAUUUCUUUUGGCAUCAUGGCAGGAAUAUCCCAGUUAGUAAAUAUAAUUUAUUGGCUCUAAUAUAUAAAACUGAAUGUUAGCUCUCUGUCUAAAGGACAGACCUGCCUAGCUGAUUAUCAGUAUCUGUCAGCUUCUGGUCUCCCCAUUAGUCACUCUGUGCAUUGUGUUCAUUAUAUUCCCAUUCUGCAUGAUACACAUUGUUUGUUAUAGCUAAUUGUGUGAUGGCGAAUGAUAACAUGAUCUGUGAUAUUGCUUUGAGCAUAGCCCCCCUGAAUGUACUGAAGUAUUGACGUAUAAAGUGCUACAACUGGAUAGCCUAUUUACAGGUUGUCCAAUUGACUGCUCUUAGAUUUUGUACAACCAAGUUCCAAAUAUUUAGCAGACGCUUUAUGUGAAAAAGAAAUUAAUAUUAAAGAACAAAUGUGCCUUCUGAUUUUAGUAGGUUUAGCAGUAUACCACUCUCGUUUAAGCUAAAUAUCUAUCACAAAUGAGUGUGGAGUCGUAUUAAAAUAAUCAUAUUCACUUCUACAACUAGAUGUAAGAUUUGAAUUCUAACACUGUAAAACAACACAUUUAUAAAUAAACCAGAUACAAAUCAUUAAGUGCCGUUUUCAUGGCAUAUCCGUGGCACGUUUCUAGAGAGGUAUGUGGUUAAAAUCACAAAGUAGGUUUUGUGGUAAUCAGACUCUGCCUGGCAUUAUACGGUGAUUCAUUGGCUCUGAUCACCUAGCAUUUUUUAUAUUUUUUCAACAGAAUGGGAGAUAAUGGACUGGCACUCAUAUUUAUAUACCGUAGUCUAACAGACCCCAGCACAAAUUAUUAUAACGUGUUUAUUUUCUCUAUCAGAACCAGACCAAACAGCCGAUGUUACUAUCCGGGCAAGCCGCUAUAAGCAAACAAUCACUUUAUAA